UGUCGCCGUUUCAAUUUCAAAACCGUUAAAACCGAUAUCAUUCACCCUCCUCCAAAAGAGUUGGGGUCUCCAUUCAAUACCUCUACCAUUCUUUGUACAACAAAUAGUCAGCCAUGCCUUCAAGGUCAUCUACAAAGAGACGGAAAGCAACAAAACCUGCCAAGAAAAUGAAGAACACCACGAACCCCACCUACCAUUCUUCACCUAAUUUUCAACUGCAAGGAUUUCAAGGGAAUGAGACAGAGGUUGAUGCUGGUGAUCGUCUAUUAGUUGGAGAAGAGGAAGUAAAAGAGAGGUAUUGUUCAUCUUUUCUAUCAGUGACUACUGCACGUCAUAACAAAAUGGAACCUUCAAAUGGCGAAAUAGAUGAGACCCAGAAAGUAGAAUCAGAGGAAGAGAAGAGGGAGGUGCAAAGUGUGGUCGAAUCUUCAAAUGGGGAAUUGGAGGAGACGCUGAAAGUGGAAUUCCAGGCCGAGGACAAGGAGGUGGUAGGCCAGGAUGUUGGGGAUGUCGAAGCUGUCGUUGAAUCCGUUAGAGAAAUUGUCCUUGAUGGGGAUUCUGAGCUAGUGGAUGAAACGUCUGAUGGGGUUGAUCGGGGUUUGACAAGUUGCAGCUUUGACAAAGAGGAAACAGUUAAUGAGAAGAGUUCCGAGGUGGUUUAUUCAGGAGAGUUAGAGGAGGAGAAAGAGGUUUCUAGCUCAGUUGCUGACUUUGAGCCUGUUGUAUCUUUGCCCAAGGAUUUCAUCCAAGGAGUAGAAGAACUUGUUGAGAAUUCGAUUGGAUUAGAAUCGAAAGAAAGGGAGGAGAACAAUGUUUCAGCUUCCGAGGCUCUAACAGAUGUUGUGUCCGAGGGAAUUGAGGAAACAACGUUGCCGAACUUGGAUGAGAAUGGCUGGGUUCCUGUGGUGGUAACAGAUCAUGUGGUUUCAGAAAGAAUUGAAGAAACAAAAUUGCUCUCUUCCGAUGUGAGUGUAGGGGAGGCAUCAAAAGAGAAUGUUAAAAAUUUGUUGCAGCCGUUGGCCAGUGCUCCGGUUGUUGACACGGGUAAUGCUGUCGAAGAGGGCAACAAGACUGGGAUUCCUGAAAGCACUGGAAAUCCGCAUGUCGUCUCUUUGCAUCAACGCAUCCUGCAACCAACUUCUUGGAGGAGUUGCUGUGGACUUUUUGAAGUUCUCCACCGCUCUGAUAGAUAACUUAAGAAAGCUGAUUGUCGUCGUGGAAAAGUACUUAAACCAUGAGUGAAGCUUUCACAGCGAGCAUUAGUCAAGUGUGCAAGAAUUAAUUAUCUGUUGUAGCACAUAGAAGAAGCAUGAAUGGACUGCCCUGGAGAAAUGUGUUGAGCAAGAGAGUCUGGAAUUUUCAUGCAACUCAGAACUGGUGUGUGCGUGUGGUGUGUUUUAUUAUGUUCGGUGUUUUCUAUCUUUUUACUCUUUUACAUAUUCUUUCCUAUAUUCAGAAGCGUUGUUCGGUUUUAACAGUGAUGAUUAUGUCAGGAAUUCAUUGUCAAUAGUACACAAUAUUUUCUAGCAAACAUUAACAUUGUGAUUUGUUCAUUCCCA